GAUGCAAGCUUAAACAUCCAUCUUGUGGUUUGGGUGCUAAGAUAUGCACUUAAACACCCAUUCUUGCAGUCUUUUGCCUGUUUCUUCCAGUUUUACUUGGGAUGAUGUCAGCAGUGCAAAUGCAAACCACAGCGCUAUUCUGUUUGAGGAUUUUCAAAGGGACACAUAACCCUGAAGUGCUCUAAAAUCCAUGUAUUUUUACUGGGAUUGACUUCUGAUUCCUGUAGCUACAUCUGGGUUUGUGGCCUGCAGAGCAUCUUUAGAGCUGUUCUGCUGUCAGUGUUGCUGUUCUCUCCACUUGGUGGCCUGAAAGCAACUUUUUUGUGUGUGCGUGUGCUGUAGGUGCCAGCUACAGCUUAAUUUCAUGCACAUAAAAGCGGGCUCUUCUCUCACCUCCCGGAGCCUCAGGCCAUUGCUCACCUCCAGCAGAGGUUUGUACAGAGCUCCUGUUCCGCUGCAAGCGGCUGCAGUAUCGAUUUGGGGUGGGCAGCAAACUGCAGUGUAGGUUGGACCCUGCUCCCACAGGUUGGCUGUCUCCGCGGGGAUCGAUGCUUGCUGUGCUGGGGGCGGAUGAGCAUGAGCCACGCGUUGCUCAAUGGGGCUGACGCUGCGCCUUGGUGAACCUCAGCCUCUGCCGUCCCCUCGGCUGCCUCCGUGGGCACGCAGCAGCAAGCAGCGGUUGGCGCUUGCUCCCUGCUUGCGGCUUUCCAGGGCUGCUCAUCGACCUCUUGGUGAAUGCUUUAAAAUUUGUUUAUCAGCUUUUGCUUGGGCUGCUUUGAAACUGAGAUGGAGAAACUCCCUGUGCGCCUCUGUGCCAGCAGCCUGUCCUUCCCGCUCCUCGCCCUCAGCCCCUGCUGGUUCUUCCUGGCUUUCCUCUCCUGGGGUUUGUUUGACCUGUUUGCUGCUGCCUCUCAGGAUGUGAGCAUCUCUGUCCUGCUAAGGGAGAUGCCUUGGAGUCGUUGGGUGUUUUGAAACACGCAUUAUGAGUUGCCACCAGAGAGACCAGGAGAAACACGCCCGCCUUCGGCAGUGGCAGCGCUUCUGGGUGCGUCGUUUGUCUGAGCUUACGUUGGGUCGGCAGCGGUUGCCCCCAGGCAAGCUGUGUUUAUUUCUGUGUUUCCAUGCUGCGUCUGAAUUAACUGAAGACUAUCAAUUAAGUGAUUAAAUUUUGCUGAUUUGUGAAGAUGCAAGCUAGAUGUAUUAGGAUGUUUCUUGCUGACCACAGCUUCUGCCGCUGUUCCGCCACAAAGACAUCUGCAGUUCCUCGUCCUUUUGUUAAGCGUCAACAAUUUGAACUAAAAUUUUCCAGGCCACACCUAUGUCUUCUGGGGAAGUUGCAGUUAAUAGCAAUCGUUUCUGGGAAUGAUUUAAAGAAAAAUGCAUUUUUUGAUGAUAUUCAGCUUCUUGUAGAAACUGGUUUUGUUGUCUGUUUGUAACACUUUGCGGCUUUAAAAAAUGGACUUGAGACAUUGCUUCAUCACUACAGAUGGUGCACGGCUGCCUUGCUCUGGAGGCCCCAGCUACACUGACACUGCGUUGUGCGGGCACGGAGGACUGCUCUCCGGCAGCGGUGGUGGUUUGCCGGUUUCAUAACAGCAGGUGAAGGAGGAUGCGGAGGCUGCAGUCGGUUGGUCCUCGCUGUUGGUGCUCACUCGGCCGCAGUGUCCGCCUGGCUGGCACAGCAGCCGCGCAGCGGCAUGCUGCAUGGCCCCGUGCUGCGGUGGGAGGCAUCAGGAAGGAAGUCCGCAGGCGUGUGUGUGUCUGUGUGUCUGUCUGUGCAUGCACAGUCAAGACUUGGAGCUGUUUCCGGAGCACAGUGUCUCGGGGCUGGGCUGUUAAACCGCCACUGCUCCGCACACCAGAUCAUUUAUGGCACCGCAGAAGCACAUCCAGGGAUACAGCUGCUGGUACGCAGACCUGCAGCCAUGUCUGGACCUGAAAUCCCGUGGCUGAUGGAGGCCAGGCCAGGGUCGAGCAGAAGGCCUUGCAGGGAAGGAGGGCGAUGCGUGCACUGCGGAUAAGCUUUUGCGAAGUUCAUGCUGGGUGGAGUUUCCCUCUGGUUUCUAAUUAGUGCUAAAGUGGAGGGGCUGCGUGAUGUUCUAUGGCAGCUGUGCAGGAGAGGAGGAGACUCUUGGGUGGCUGGAAUAACAAUUAGUGUCUGUACUUGAAAUGUUCUCAAAAACAUCCUCCAAGGCCAGGAUGCCAUCGUGCAUUAAGGGGGAGCUGACUGCGGGAAGGGCCCAGCUGCAGCGGCCCCACGAUGAGCCUGUGGUCCCAUGUACGCACUGUGAACCUCGGAGCAGUGUGCCAUCCUUGCCUGGGCCCUCGGGGUGCUCCGCUGCAGCACAGCCCUCUGGCCAGUGGCUUUGCUUGGAAAGCUGCAGCCCUGCUGGGAUGAGUACGCCCUGCCGCUCCCUUCCCAUGCCUGGAGGAGGGUGUCCCGCGGGGACACGGCCGCCGUACCACUGGUGGGACGUGGGCAGGACCCCUGCGCAGGCGCGCUGUCACUGGGAUGCUCUGUGCUUGCAGGAGAGCUUCAGCCAAGGCGGGGCAGGCAGCUGCUGGGCUCCCCAGGAUGGGUGCAUUCCUCAUGGGUGCAGGUGUUGUGUCCUUGUGGGAAACCUGGCGUUUGGGCCGACACGUGGCUUUUGGUUGCCUACCUGGUGGGGUUUGCAUGCCACGAGGGGCCGAUGCUGCUGCCUUGGCAGGUGGUGAGACUGGAGAGAGAUUUGUUCCUUGGGCUGGAGCCGGGGAGAUCCCGGCAGCGUGGGCAGCUCCUAGUGCAGAGGUAUUUUCACAGCCACCUGUGUUUCAGCAUGAAGUUCGGCUAGCAGCAGAAUGAACUCACCAGGGGAAGGACUGACUGGGUAUGCGUGGCCCCUCCUCUCCAAAACGUUCCUGGAGCUUUGCUUCAGCUGUAAACCGGUGACUCCGGAUGCCUGUUGGGUUGAACACUUGCUAGCUGAAAGCUGAAGUGUGGUCACCAGCCUGUGCAGAGAACAGGAUGCGGGUCACCAUGAGGAGGGUGUUGCUGGUCUUGGGCUCAGUGGUUGCCCUGAUGGUGACUCUGCACCUUGGCCAGCAGGUCCUGGAGUGCCAGCAAGUCCUGAGUGAGAGGAGGCACAGGCUGAUGAGACCCGAGAAUGAGGAGCUGGUCAUGAUGGGCUCCAACCAUGUGGAGUACCGCUACAGCAAGGAGAUGCCCCUGAUAUUCAUUGGUGGGGUCCCACGGAGCGGUACGACACUGAUGAGGGCCAUGCUCGAUGCCCAUCCCGAGGUGCGCUGUGGAGAGGAGACCCGCAUCAUCCCCCGCGUGCUGGCAAUGCGGCAGGCCUGGUCUAAAUCGGGGCGAGAGAAGAUGCGCCUGGAUGAAGCAGGAGUGACGGACCAAGUUUUGGAUGCUGCUAUGCAGGCCUUUAUACUGGAAGUGAUUGCCAAGCAUGGUGAGCCCGCCAGGUAUUUGUGUAACAAGGACCCCUUCACGCUGAAGUCCUCUGUCUACCUGUCCAGGCUGUUCCCCAAUUCCAAAUUCCUCCUGAUGGUUCGAGAUGGCCGGGCUUCAGUCCACUCCAUGAUCACACGGAAAGUGACCAUCGCAGGUUUCGACCUGAACAGCUACCGAGACUGCCUGACCAAGUGGAACAAAGCCAUCGAGGUGAUGUACUCCCAGUGCUUGGAGAUCGGCCGGUCCCGGUGCCUGCCCGUCUACUACGAGCAGCUGGUGCUGCACCCCGAGCAGUCCAUGCAUGCCAUCAUGAAGUUCCUGGACAUCUCCUGGAGUGACACGGUGCUGCACCAUGAGGAACUGAUAGGGAAGCCUGGCGGGGUGUCGCUUUCCAAGAUAGAAAGAUCAACAGACCAGGUUAUCAAGCCGGUGAACAUGGAGGCGUUAUCUAAGUGGAUCGGGCACAUCCCAGGGGAUGUGCUGCAGGACAUGGCCCACAUCGCACCGAUGCUCGCCAGGCUCGGCUAUGACCCCUACGCCAACCCACCCAACUACGGCCACCCCGACCCCUUAGUUGUCAACAACACGCACAGAGUUUUAAAGGGGGAUUAUAAAACGCCAGCCAAUUUGAAAGGUCAUCUGCAGGUGACUCAGAACACAUCAUCUUCUCACUAAGAAAAUUAAUGAUUUCCAGAAUGCUGCAAAUGGCCUUUUGUUGUCCAACAAAGAAGAGUUUGCAACGGCACCAGUGGAAAUCGGUUAUCCAAGCAUAUUGCUUGCUAAUACUAAUGCCAAAAUGACUGCUAUCGGAGGAAUGUAUUUGCAUUUAUUUGCAAAGGCCAAACAUUUUACACAUCAGAUGCCUGUCGUCUGCCUUUUUCCGAACGCUCCGUGGUGAAAGCAUCUGUGGAAAUCCAUACUUGACGGGGGCGACAGCAUGCAUCGGGAAGAGAAUUUGUACGCCGUGGCCGGAGGACUCGUUAAAUCGUGUUUAAAUGUCUCGUAACGAUGUUCUCUAAUUCACGGGUCAGAAAUAGGUGUCCUGACCUUGUAGAGCUUUUGUCGUGCAAGUGACACCCCCCGCCCCCCAAGCCCUUUACUGUGACUUACAGAGGCUAUUGCAGAGUUAAUAUAUGAGCCCACACAACCACCACCCCCCGCCUCCUUCCUUUGUUGCACACAAUUAAAGUAUUGUUUUAAUA